CCAGUGUGCAAGAGGGCGCUGUUUAUUUCCACUGAUUGCUUUAACAACGUGUAGUUCCUCCUUUGCUGGCAGCAGACCCAGUUGGAAAAUGUCGGCACUGAAGAGAAAACGUGGGGAGAAGGGUCCAGGACCUAAAAACAAGAAAAAAGUUAAAUUUGACUUGAAUGGGGAAUCCGAACAAAAUAAGAAUGCGGAUCAGGCACAGAAGAAUGAAAUUCACAUUCCGGCUCCUGUUUCAGUGGGAAAAUGGACAAACAAGGAACGUGUUCUGGUCUUUUCCUCGAGAGGAAUCAACUUCAGAACAAGACACUUGUUGCAGGACCUCAGAACCAUGAUGCCUCACUCGAAAGCUGACACGAAAAUGGACAGGAAGGACAAGUUGUUCGUUGUCAAUGAGGUGUGUGAAAUCAAGAACUGCAACAAAUGUAUAUAUUUUGAAGCAAAGAAAAAGCAAGAUCUCUACAUGUGGAUUGCCAACGUCCCACAUGGACCUUCUGCCAAAUUCCUGGUACAGAAUGUGCACACAUUAGCAGAGCUGAAAAUGACUGGAAACUGCCUGAAAGGAUCCAGACCCCUUCUGUCAUUUGAUCCACAAUUUGACAAGGACCCCCAUUACUCCUUGCUGAAGGAACUCUUUAUCCAGACUUUUUCAACACCUCGGUAUCACCCGAAGAGCCAACCAUUCGUGGAUCACGUCUUCACAUUCACAAUCGCCGACAAUAGAAUAUGGUUCAGGAAUUACCAGAUCAUUGAGGAGGACGCAUCACUGGUGGAAAUUGGACCACGCUUUGUGUUGAACCUCAUCAAAAUAUUCCAAGGCAGCUUUGGUGGGCCAACGCUGUACGAGAAUCCCCACUUCCAGUCGCCUAACAUGCAACGGCGCAUGCUCCGCAUGUCUCUGGCAGCCAAGCAGCGGGAGCGUCAGAUGGUGCGCGAGCUUCAGAAGGCCAAGAGGACCGAGAAGAGGGAGGAGAUGAAGGAGGACAUAACAGAUGACGUCUUCGACACGCCGCUGCCAGAGAAGCCCGUGGAGAUUGAGCACGAGGCGCCCGCCCCGCUGCCACCCAAGAAGGGCAGACUCACCGAGCUCAGGAGGAAGACCCGGCUGAAGCGCAAGGGGAUGCGAUAAGCACGUGUCAGCUGUUGUUAAGAGAGACUGAGAGAGUUUCCUUGCUUUCUUUAUAUAUACCGGAUGUUGUUGAGUAAAAAUGUGUGGUAAUAUCUGGUAUUGACUUUUUUUUUUAUAGAUACUGGAUGUGUUUUGAAGACCCAUCGUCAUGACCACCAUGUAAAAACAUAAAACAUAUCCCACUGACAUUCUCCCCACUCCCACUGACUUAUUGUGUUGUCACUGUGUCGCCCAAAUAAAUUUGUAUUAUGGUGAUGUGUGUGGAUACUCGCAAGACCAUGUGCAUCAAUAUUUACAUACAGUACAGUAUUUUGUUGGCCUUCAAUAAAUUUAACUUUUGACCAUCA